AUAAAAAAAGAGAGAAAAAGUUUAUAUAGAAGUCUGCGCAUGCGCGCUAGAUCCAACCAGAAAGUUGGCGCGCGCCCCGAAUGAAAGCUUGCGACAUGUCAUCGAGGAGCUCAGUCGUGCGCCAACACUCCGUGCUGUUCGACAUAUUUUUAUUAUCCGGGCAGAGUGUACACUUUUUUUUGUUUUUUUUCUUCUUCUUUCACCCAAAAAAUAAAAUCGUCAGUGUUACUCGUGUUGGCGUUUUUCGGCUUUUAAAAAAAAGGUGCAAUCACUGGCCAUUAAAUUAAAAAAUUUUAAAAAAACGUGUUGGGAUAAACUUGACAAAUUAAAAUUUAUUUUUUUUGGAUUCAGGAAGUGAAUUUUUUAGUGACAGAGUGAAAACAUUUUAUUAACCUCAGGUGUGAUAACUGUGACAGAACUGCUAACACCACGUGGUUAGCAGACGGAAAGUUGGAAAAAAUCCCUUUUUUUUUUUGGUGAGGCUAUCAUCUGUGAUGUGUUAAAAAAAAAAGUGAGUGAUGGAGUCCCCAGUCAUGUAUGACACCUCGGCCCAUCAGCCGCAAUCUCAGGUACCGCCUGAGAUGAAAAAAUCAUCCCAAGUGAUGAACAACAAUUCCGCCCUUCAAGUGAAUCACAAUCAACAAACUGGUAGUACAGUUGUUAGUAAAGUGUCAGCAAGUAAGGCAUCAUUACAUCAACAAUAUGCCGAACAUUGUGCUGCCGCUGGCGAAUUAACGGAUCUUAAUACUCCGGAAAUCUCAUUGGAUCUACAAAAUCUCAUUGAUGACUCUCAUUUUAAUGAUGGUCUAUUAGAUAUGCUGAACGGUGGUAAUGGCACAAUUAAGCAUAAUAAUCGUAAUCCAGGCUAUCCAAGAACAACCCUCGCCUAUAUGCCACAACCCGUACACAGUGGCGCAAGUUAUCAUCAAGGUAGUUGCAGUGACAGCAAUAGUUCAAGUUCCGAAUCGCCAAGCAUUAAAGAAGAGCCCCUUGAUCCUGCUGAUUAUAGGCGACAUUGUCCUCAAUUUCCACCAAGUGGUUAUAGUCCCGUUAAUAAUGGACCAUUUGCCAAUGGUGGUUCAAAUUUUACCAACCUCACACCAUCAACGGUACCAGGAACACAUCCUGUUCAUCAGCAACAAAAUAGGGUGGGCACAAUGAAACCCAUUAUGUCACAUCAACAUCAUGCAGCCGCCGCUGCAGCGGCCGCUGUUGCACGAAAACAAAGUAAAUCCGUUGAUAAGGCAAGCGAUGAAUAUCGAAGACGAAGAGAGAGAAAUAAUAUUGCCGUUAGAAAAAGUCGAGAAAAGGCAAAGGUACGAUCAAGAGAAACUGAGGAGAAAGUUAAACUUCUUGUCAAGGACAAUGAAUUACUCAAGAAGAGAAUUGAACUUCUCACUGAGGAGCUUAAUGUUCUUAGAUCGCUAUUUAGUAGCGUUGGCGUUGUACCCGAACAACUUCAUCGUGAAAUAUCAAGGCAUCUCGAUCAAUUCCAACAACAUGCGGUUGGACCCAUGUAGCAUUAUUGCGAUUCCACCUCAGCACCAAUAAACUUCGACCUUGGAGAUUCUUUCAAGGGAAUCCGGCUGUGAACGCUUCCGCGUUGUCUCUUCAUCAUCAUCACGGAACUAACAGGUUUCUCCGCAUCUCCUCCUCUUUCGUUAUAUAUAUAUACAAACUUCUUUCGUCAAAGGCCUCUGAUGUCCUUAAAGGAUUUUUUUCUUUAGUAACACAUCACUUUUCUUUUCUUUUUUUUUCGUUCAUGUCUAUGGGUUUUACACUGAGAAAAAUUCAUUUUAGCUGUAAAUUCCCGUUGUACGAAGGGAAAAAGACGUUAACUCAUAGAACACACAAAACAUGUACGAAAAUUAUUCUUAGUGACAAUAUAUGAGUUAAUUGGAAUUUUUCCUUCGUACUACGGAGUUUUCGAACCAAUAGGAAAUUAAUAUUAGAAUUUAAGUUUUGAACGUUGAAAUGAAAGAAAUUUUUUUUAAGUUUGAAGUUUAUUACAAAAUAUUUAUUUACAUAUUAAAAAAUUAUUUACUUAAUAAGGGUUGAAUUUUUUUUUUUAUUAGAAUACAAUAAUUUUAAAAAAUAUCGAAACGGAAAAGUUUUUGUUCAUUUGAACGUUCAAAAUUAGACAUUAAAAUUUAGUAUAGUUUUGUAAAACUAGUUUAGCGGAAAAAUGUGUGACGAACAGUUUUGAUAUUUUCAAUGUCAAAUUCGCAGGAGAGUAUUUUUUGUUUCUCAGUGUACAAGCUUAUUUAGAUCAAAUGCAACAAAGCAGUGUUCUAUUUUCGAACAUUUUGAUGUUCCAAUUUCAAAGCUUAAUUUCGAAGAGUAAAUUUUUUUCACUAACAAAAGUUAAAGUGUCUUUUUUUUGACAGUUUUGAAACAAAGUGUUUACACUCCGAUUUUUAUAACAUUUGUAAUUUUACCAACUUAUUUCUGAUUUAGUCAAAAAAAAAAAAAUUUCCAACGUUCUGAACAUUAGGUAGACAAAUGAGAAUAACUAAAAAGGUACCCGAAAUUCUGAACGUUCAUAUGGACAUUUAGGAAAAAUUUAAUACUUUUUAAAUUAUUAUAAAAUAUUGUUGUCUGUAUCCAAAACUAAAUUUAUGUAUUAAUAUUAAAAUCAAUGUACUUUUUUAUUUUUUAUUGCUGUAGUAAUUUUUUAAAAAUGUGUAUGAAUUUAUGAACGUUUUGAUUUUAUUGGACUAUAAAUUUUUUAAUACAACAGCAAUGAAAAUUAGAUUAUUAUUUUAAUUUUUGGAUACAGAUGACAUUAUUUUAUAAUAAAGAAAUUAAAAAGUAGUAAACAAAUUUUUCCUUCAUUUGAACGUUAAGAACUUUAGGCAUACAUAAAAAUUACAAAGGUAAAAUUAAAAUGCAAAUUAAAAUUACCAGAUGUCAAUUUUCAAAGGAACAUAUAACUGUGUUUCAAAAUAUAUAUAUAUAGUAAAUUAUUUUUAAAAAAAUAUUAACAAAAUUGUAAAUAUUGAAAAAAUUUUAGAUAAUAAAAAAAAUAGCUAAUAUAUUAGUAAAUAUCGAAUAGUAAAAUGGCUAAUAAUAAAUUGCUAAAAGUAAAUUACUAAAAGCAAAUUGCAAUAGUAAAUAGUUUAAAAUUAAUAAACAAUAUAGCUAAUUAAAAAAAUAAUAAUAAAUAAAAAUAAACCACAAUGUUCAGAAAAAGGAAUAAAUUUUUUUUUUGAUAGCUAAAUGAAAAUUGUUAAUUAGUACUUAUUUUCAUUAAGUGAGAUGUUACUGAAUAAAAAGUGAUUCGAGUCGCACAAAAAAGAAAGAUAACACUUAAUAUAUUUUAUAAGUAAUUGAAUUAAAAAAUAAAAAAAAAAAAAAAAAAAAAGCAUUAAAAAUACUUGAUGUAUAUAAAGGUGCCUUGUAUUAGAUAUGUCUUUCUGUUUUUUGUGCUAUUCGGAAAUCAGAACUGCAAUCUAAGAUCAAGAACCGGUUGGCAUCAUCGGCCUUGGCGAAUUACAAACUUCACUAUGUGGCAGCAGCAUUACGUAAGUUGAUCUCGUGCACUGCCAACGAAUAGCUUAUAAAACGCGCGUAAGAUGUAGAUUUUUAUUAAUUACGCUGACCCCACACAUUAAUUGUCAUGAUCACAGAAAAUUGUUCCACGCAUCAAAAAUUAUACUCAAAAAGGAAAAAAAAAAUUCUCAAAAAAAAAAAUUUUUCAAAAAAUUAAUUUUACAAAAUUACAUUUUCAAAAAUUUAAUAUUAGAAAAAAACAAUUUUUUUUGCAUCACGCCAAUAAAUGAAGUGAAACGGAAAGAAAAAUAAAAUGAGGAAAACGGAGUUUCGCAGUUGGAUUAUUAUUUUAAUUUUUUUCUUUUUUUUUCUGAAAGAAAUAUUCAAGUCGAUAGUGUAAAAGUGCCUUUUUUUUAAAUGAAAUAAAUAAAUAAAUAAAAGCGACGACUCACGAGAACGCUUGGUGUAAUAUUUUUUGUUUUAUAUAUAGAAAAAAAAAAAAUGUAAAAUUGUUGAGCGUGAACCUUUUUGGGGGUUCCAAAUUAUUAUUAUUAUUAUUAUUAUUAUAUAUAUUAUAUAUUAACAGCGUCAUCGACAUCUUGUGAUCUCUACAAAGACUCACGAAAAAACGCGACUAGACUUAAAAAGAAAAAAACAAAAAAAAAUUUUUUGCGAGAUGAAUCGCUUUUUGAUCAUCUUUGUUUUUUUUUCUCUUACCGCACACGAUGUGUUUUUUUUUUUUUUAAAGACUGGGUGGUUUAACCGUCGAAUGAAAUUCGAUUUUUCCAUCUCAACGGAUGACACCUGUAUAUCUCUCGUUCGUGAAACUCACAUAUAUACACAUUGUACAAUUUUUUUUUUUGUCUUUUUUUUUCCUCGAAUAUAAAUAUGUAUAUCUAAACGAACACUCGCUCAUAUACACAAAACACAAACAUUUUAACCACGUGAAUGGUGAGAAACUCGAAAAAAAAAAUUUUAAUGAGAAAAAAAUUAAUUUUUUCUUAACUCAAAGCACAAAGAACCCCUGAGAGUUUUAAGCUCCGUUCACGUGGCGUUGUGAUUAGAUACGGUUAUUAGUGUAAAUCGAUAAAAAACAAAAAAGUAUAAUUAGUUUAUCGCUCUCAUACCUGAGUACCUUGAAAUAACAUAAUAUAUAUAUAUAUAUUAUAUACACUGAGAUACCCCGAUUGCGAUCGAGUCUUCCAAAAGAUCUCUCGUUCUGUAUUUCUUUUUUUUUUUCAUUUUUAUCAUAUUUUUUUUUUUUUAAGUUUAAAAAAUUUUUAAUGUUAUAGUUUCCCCGUGACUAACAAACGGCGAUAUGAAACAAAAAAAAAAAAAAGUAAAAUAUUUUCGCGUAUAAGACCCUUGUAUUAUAUAGCUAAUAUUUUUAUUAAAUGUAUAUUGUAUACGUAAAAUUUUAAUAUAUUUUCAAUAAUAUAAAUGCGCGAAAUUAAAAGUUAUGAGCGAGCGGCAAAACAGAAAAAAUAGAAUUUUUUUUUUUUCAUGCGUAAAUAAAUAUUUAUGUAAACAUGAAUUAUUAUAUUUGUAUUUUUUAGGCAAAUAUUUUUUUUGGACACAGAAAAAAAAAAGAAAAUAUUACGCCGAACGUUACCUAUGGGACCACUCGGCCAAGCCGAGUCCCUUAUAUUAAUUAAAUAAAUAUACUUUUCAGUUACCGUAACGUGUGAAGCGGGCUUCAUUGUUUAUUCGUUCGAUUGUUGAUUCUUAUAUGUGCGCUAAGUGAGUGAGUGAGAUUAUACAAAUAUAAAUAUAGAGGUCUAUAUUAUUAAUAUUAUUAUUGUUAUAUAAAUAUAUAUAAAUAAAAAAAAAUAUAUAUAUAUAUUUUGCGAAUUACAACAAAGACAGCGACUUUUUGUGUGUGGAUGAAAUUAUUUUUUUUUUUUUGUUUUUUUUUUUGGGAUAUGAGUGGAUGCGAUUUUAAGAAAAACGUAUGCUGUGUAUAUGAGAUUACCUUUCACGGUUGUCAACUUGUCUAUGCACAAAUAUAUUUUGAUAUAAAAUUUACCCAA